AUGCUACUGUUGUUUGAAGGUGCAAUUGCAGUCAAGCAAAAGAAAGGAAGAAAGAAAGAAAGAAUGGGGGAUGAGUCACCCAAGAAUAAAGUGAAGUUCUUGUGCAGCCAUGGCGGAAAGGUUCUUCCCCGACCCUCCGAUGGCCUCCUCAAGUAUGUCGGCGGCGAGACUCGUGUCAUUUCCGUCCCUCGCGACAUCACUUUCUCUGAACUGAUGAAGAAGGUGAGCGGCAUGGUUGAGGGUGAGAUUGUGCUAAAGUACCAGCUAGUCCCCGAAGAUCUCGAUGCAUUGGUGUCGGUCAAAACAGAUGAAGAUAUGAAGCACAUGAUUGACGAACACGAUCGACACGACAGUGGUAUGCUUCGUGCUUUCCUCUUUCCUUCCAACCCGCUUUUGCUUGAUAAGCAGACAUCCGAACCUUAUUUGUUAGAACAACGUUAUAUUGAUGCCAUCAAUGGCAUCGUACGUACAAGCCCAAGGGAAAGGACCCCUAAUAAUAAUAAGCAGCAUGCUUUUUCUGCUUGUUCUUCCCCAAAAUCCGUUUCUCCAGAUGCUCAUACUCAUACUCAUACUCAUACUGCUGCUGCUGAUUCAUCACCAUUCCACGGCAAUCGACUUGCAAUGCAUAAAGUCAGAAGCUCUCCGAGCCUAACAAACCUUGGCAGUAACAGCAGCAGCAGCAGCAGCAAUGCCUUUCAUGUCGACACACAUCACCCUUCGCCUAAUUAUCCUUCUUCAUCGAGACCACAACAGGAUCCUCCUCAACUAGGGAUUGGGAUUGGGAUUGGGAUGGGAAGGCCGCCACCAAUUAUCACAAUGGGGAAGACGGAUAUUAUUAAUAAUAGGGGUUUUAACUAUUAUUACUCGACGACCAGACCCCUCAAGGGGUACGCAUACCCAGAUGAUUCUGCACCUUAUGGUCAUUUUUUGGUUGAAAGAGUCAAUAGUGUGCCUCGGAGUCCUAGAAAGUCUAUAUGGGAAUAG